CUGAGGGAUUGGGUUGUUCCUGAUAGUCGGCGCAGCUUCCAUCUUGGAUUGGGCUCCUCUGCCAUGAUGCCAAGGCGAGGCCGGGGCAGAAGAGCCCAGCUGACGACAUUUCCCCGGAGAGGUAUGGCCAUCCACCUCCAGGAGCCUCACUUCUCAGGCGCGCCAGAGGCCAGCGUUUCCCGGGAACCGUUCCCCGUCAUGGCUGCCCCGGCGGUUUCUUUGCAGCCGGCAAUGAAGGAGGAGGAGGAACCCGGCCCGUCGACGACAACCGUGCACGACCUCUUCUCCUACCUGAAGGAGAAAGAAGACGAGGAGGACGAGGACGCGGCAGAGCUGGGCGCUUUCUCUCCGGCAGCGUCCAACCACCUGGGGGCGAAGGAGCCCGGCCACCCCGAGGCUCAAGAGAUGCUCUCGUACCUCAAGAAGGAGGACGACGACGACGGAGAGGAGGUCAUUGAGAGAGUGUCGUUCUCCCCGCCCCACGUCCUCCACCCCCAGUCUGCUCCUCCGGGGACCUACAUGCCCGCCGGCACCAUGGGCAGGGCGGGCAUCGAGAUGGUGCAUUUCUUCACCCCCAUGACGCACGUCUCGGCCUCUCACCACCAUCACAAGCGCGGGCGCGACCGGGAAGUGCUGGUGGUGGACGGCAUCCCCACACACGCCCCCAAGAAAACCACCUCGGCCGUGUGGGAUUAUUUCACCCUGGAUCCCAGGGAGCCGUGCGUGGCCGUCUGCAGCACUUGCCAGAAGCGGGUCCGCAGGGGCAAGGAUGGGGGCACCCGCCCUGGCACCACGGCCCUCCAUAAACACCUGAAGGUGCACCACGGGCUCCACUUGCCGGGGGUCGCAGUGGUCCCUCCUUCGCCCCUGAUGCCCCUGAAGGAGAGGCCGCACGGCCCGACCAUCGUGGUCACCGAGCCACCCGCCCCGGCCUUCCAGCCCGCUCGGCAGGAGAGGAACCAGCCAUACUACCCGCCGACGCACUCGGCAGCCAUCCAGCUGGCUUCAGAAACGGCCUGGAUGCUUGCUGUGGACAUGCAGCCCCCGUCGUACGUGGAAAGCGAGGGGUUCCGCCGGCUGAUGGCCACCGCCCAGCCCCGCUGGAAAAUCCCUGGGCGGGCGUUCUUCGCCACGAAGGCUGUGCCCGAACUGUCCAAGGUGGUGUCCCGAGCCGUCCGCCAAGCGGUGGUGGGCAGCGUGGGCCGUACAGUCCACAUUGCCAUAGACACCUGGUCGGGCCGGCAGACGGCCUCCUACAUGUCGGUGACGGGGCACUGGGUGGCCGAGUCGGCGGGCGUCCUCUCGCGGCAUCACGCCACCUUGUCAGUGUGUGCCUUUGAGGGGCCCUGCUCGGCCGAGGACAUCUGCCACAAGCUGAGGGAGGUGCUGCAAGACUGGCUCUAUGACCUGAAGACAGGGGGCGUCGUCCUGGACGAUGGGGCCAACACGGCAAAGGCUGUGCGCGAGCUGCGCCUCAAGUACGUCCCUUGCCUGGCGCGCUGCCUGAAGCUGGUGGUGAAGGCCUUCUUGGCAGCCGACGCACAUGUUGACCGGCUGCUGAAGACGUCCCGGAGGAUCUGCACCCGCUACAAGCGCUCGACGACGGUCCGGCGCCGCCUGCUGGAGGCGCAGGCCAUCCUGGGCUCGCACCGGCAGCCGGCGGGGCAAGAGCCUCCCCGGAGAUCCAACUCCACGCUGCGGAUGCUGGAGAGCCUCUACCGGGAGCGGCAAGCCGUCAGCGCCAUCUUCGAGCAAGACGAGGAGGCCGCCUUGCUGCACUUGACGACACCGGACUGGAAGGUGGUGAAGUGUUUGGUGGAGAUCCUGAAGCCCUUUGAGGACGCCGCCACGCUGGUCACCCGCCCAGACGCCACUCUCUGCCAGGCUCUCCCUAUGCUGUGGUUCCUGGAGGAGCAGCUGCGGGCCUUGAGGACCAGGUACUACCAGGAGAACAACAACACGGCGGCCCACCUCACCACACAGGCCCUGGACUGCUUGGAAGCCCAAAACCAGCUGAGCGAGAUGAAGGGCACCCUCAUCUGCCGGGUGGCCGCCUUCCUCGACCCCCGCUUCAGGGACAUCACCACCAUGAAGCUUGGCGGUGCCGACACGGGCGAUGCGGCCAUGCUGAGGGAGCACAUCCUCGACUUGGCCACCAGGUCCUACGUGCCUCCGGGGCCCGACGCCGAGUUCUCCCCGAUGGGGCACUCGUCCCCGCAGCAGCCCAGCGGCUCCAGCGGACCCCCCGGCUCGGUGGCGUGGCAGUUCACCAUGAAGCGCUGGCGGGCGAUUACCAAGAGCGACCCCGCCAUGGGCAUGGCGUCCGAGGGAGGGGCGGCGGCGGCCCUGCGAGAGAUGGAGGAGUAUCUCCACGACAACGUGGACCACGUCGGGGAGAACGCCGACCCCAUGCUGUACUGGCAGGGGAAGAUGGGGGUCUGGCCGGCCCUCUUCAAGGUGGCCCUGUUCCAUUUCGGUUGCCCGCCCACGUCGGUGCCCUCCGAGGACGUCCUCGGCGGCUCCGGUUCGUUGGCGGACAGAGGGCACCCCAAGGACCUCUCCCCGGCCAACGUGAAGAUGCUGACCUUCAUCCGAAAGAAUCGCCACCUCGUCCCGCAAGACUGGAGGCUCUCUCUGGGAGACCUGCCCUCUUCGCAAGGCGCCAUGGGGUCGAGGGAGGACUUGGAUCUGGAAGACGAGGAAGACCUUUUGACGGCGGAUGAGGAACUGGAGGAAAAGCAGUGAGGAGCACGGCCAUGUGCUGAACCGUUCUCAGAAAGGGGGGACAGCUGUCGUGGACGUAGUCGCCUUGCAGAAAAGUGUUAACCUUUUUAAAAAGGAGGGAGGGUAGGGCUUAGUCCAAACCUGUGGCAAAUCUUUUCUGUUGUGUUUUAAAGUUAAGGACUUUGGUUGUUGUUGUUGUUGCUGUUGUGAGACGUAUUGGACGAAGGAGUCGCUUCCUCUGCAGGCGGGACUCCUCCGCUGCAACCGUUAUUAGAUGAAAGACUUGCUGUGCAUUAGAGCAGGAUCCUGCCUUGUGUGGCCCACCGAGGCGAACGCAACCCGCCAGGCGCUAUGUUUGGCCCAGCAGGUCCUCGGCAAACCACCAUUCACUUACAUCAGACUUCAGGAGCAAAGAUUUGAGCGGCCCUCCAUCGUGUAGCCAAGGGGCAGUCAACCUUUUUAUACCUACCGCCCACUAAUGCAUCUUUCUCGAUGGUAAUAUUUCCUUACCGCCCCCCAGUGCUCGGUGGCAGGAGGAUUCAGCUUGUGCCGUAGAACCCCCUAGCGCCCACCUAGAAUCCUGAAACGGCCACUAGUGGGCGGUAGGGACCAGGUUGGCAACCCCUGGUGUAGCCAGUUUUGUGAAUGAAGCCGGAAUGUGCGGCCUGUAGUUGUAGAAAUCCCCUUUUAGCGAUGAUGCUGUGCAUUGAGUCUGUCUUUAGAAAUGGUGCUAACAUGGGGGGUGGGGGGUGGAGUUUAAAGAAAACAAGUACUUGCCAUUUUCAGAGCUUUUAGACUCGUUUUAACUGGAUGUUUCGAAAAGCUUGUUUUUAAAAUCCUAACUGCUCUCCCGAGUCACUAACAUGAAAUAAGCUCAAAACGAAACAAGCUACCCAAAUAAAAACAUUCCUUCGAGCAG